AGCUCCAGCUUUUAGGUGCCAUGGAGUUGUUAUCUUUUUCUCUAUACUCUUCUCAAUGCACCUGAAAAUUUUCUCCUUUUUCUGCUUUUUAAACCCAAAAAAGUUUCCUGCUUUGUUGAAUUGGAAAGAGAAGGGAAUUAUUUCAUUCCGUUUUCGGAAUUUAGUUGAAGGUUUUGAAUUCUGGGUUUCAUCUUCUCACUGGAAAAAACGUUAAAGAAGAAGGAAAACUUAGUUUUUGUUUUGUUUGGUGGUGUUUGUAUAAAAUGCCGCCACGUCGAUCCAAGUCGGAGAGGAACGACGGCCUGGCCAAGCAUCUUCGUCGAGAUCCUUAUGAGGUGCUUGGUGUAUCCAGAAACUCAACUGAUCAGGAAAUUAAGAGCGCCUACCGGAAAAUGGCUCUAAAGUACCAUCCUGAUAAGAAUGGAAAUGAUCCUGUUGCAGCUGAUAUGUUCAAGGAGGUCACAUUUUCUUAUAAUAUCUUGUCCGAUCCAGAUAAAAGGCGCCAGUAUGACACCGCUGGUUUUGAGGCUGUUGAAGCUGAUAACCAAGAAAUGGAGCUAGAUCUUUCAAGUUUGGGGGCAGUGAACACCAUGUUUGCUGCACUUUUUAGCAAACUUGGUGUGCCGAUUAAGACGACUGUAUCUGCAACCGUUUUAGAGGAGGCACUUAAUGGUGCGGUCACUAUUCACCCACUUCUUCUGGGGCAACCUAUUUCUAGGAAGGUUGAAAAACAAUGUGCUCACUUCUACUCUGUUACAAUAACAGAAGAAGAAGCAAGAGAUGGGCUCGUUUGCCGAGUACAAUCAUCUGAGAAAAGCAAGUUCAAGUUAUUGUAUUUUGAUCUAGAAGAGACCGGUGGAUUAAGCCUUGCACUGCAGAGGGACAGUGUCAAAACAGGAAAAGUUACAUCUGCCGGAAUGUAUUUCCUUGGCUUCCCAGUCUAUUGCUUGGAUCAAGCAGUAAACUCGGUAUCUGCCGCGAAGGACCUGGAUGCAGCUUUCUUCAAAAAGCUGGAUGGAUUUCAACCAUGUGAAAUAACUGAACUAAAACCUGGCACACAUGUAUUUGCUGUUUACGGUGACAACUUUUUCAAAAGUGUAAGUUACACAGUAGAAGUUAUUUGUGCUGCACCUUUCAUAGAGGAAAAGGAGAAUCUUAGAGCGGUGGAAGCGGAUAUUCUGUCCAAACGAGCGGAGCUGUCGAAGUUUGAAACCGAAUACAGAGAAGUCCUGACACAGUUUACUGAGAUGACAAGCAGAUGCACAAAGGAAACGCAAGAGAUCGACGAGCUUCUCAAACGAAGGAAUGAGAUUCAUGCCUCGUACACAACUAUUCCGCUAAUUAAGCGAAGUUCGAGUAGGAACAAGACUAAGGCCGCCUCCAAAGAGGCCAAAGAAGACGGGGAACAUUCUACGAGGGAUAGAACGAAGAAGAAGAAAUGGUAUAAUAUACACUUAAAAGUAGACAAGAGAAAGCCAUGCUGAACAGGUUAGAAAGAAGUAAGCAGCUUCCGGUGUCUGAAAACUCUCUUCGUGAACCCAAAUUCUUUUUCUGUGGUUCAACAUGCAUGCAGCCAAGUAAGAAUGCAUCAUAUUAUGUUGAUCAUGAAGUGAAAAAGAUGGUUUAACCAUUUUUCCAGCAUAUCAAGGAUGACAACUCAUUGUUAUUGUAUGAUUCUUUCUUCUUCUUCGUUUUUCCGUUUUAUUCAUCUGUCAUAUCUUCAUUUUUUCUCGCCUGUGGUAAUCGCGAC